AUGGCUGCUUCGUCAAGAGAUGACUCGUUUCUCAGAGCACUCAGGCUUGAGAAAUGGCUCGAACAGGCCGAAGACUGCUUAUCACCAUAUUUGGAAAAGAAAGUAUUGGUAGUGAGCCUUGUGGGCAAAGAUUCCAUAACUCGCUCGAAAGGGGAGGAUUUAAAUGACUUGUUACGAAUGGACGUGUUUCCGCGUUGGACGGAUAGUGAGGAUACAAUGUCGAUACAAGCCUACUUCUGCCUUGAUAAUAAUGCUAUAUUUCUGGUAAUGAAUGGUUACAGUGAUGAUACGCAUCUUCAAAAAGUAUUCGCAUCCAAUCAAGACAAGAACUUUUUUGAAAAAAUGGCUGAAAGUGAGGAGAUGCAAGUACGAUUGCUUCAUUUCUUGUGCAUAUUUUCUCAUCUCAUUGUCUUUGUGGAGAGCAGUACUCGUUUCGAUAUAUCUCUGUCCGAUACAUUAUCCAAUGUCAACAAAAUCAGAAAAAACGUUCGAGAAUCUGUUAGUGAAAAGCUUGAAGAAAUAUCAAAUGAAGCAACGGAAUGGAUAAGGGAGGGUCGUCUUGCCCUACCUCGUAUAUUAUUCGCUUUUCAGCGAAAUAUCAUUCGCAAUGAACUCGGCUAUGUGAAAAAGCGUGAAAUUUGCGAUAAAUUGGAGCAUAAUCUGGAAUCACAGAUAUAUUCUAUACUCAAAUGUUAUAGGCUUGUAGAACAGUCAAGUGGCGAUUCGCUAGGUUACGUUCCUGAGAACGACGCCUUCGUCAGUGUAAUGCAACCUGUGCUGGUGAAUGUUAACCCAUUAUCUGACAUUCUUCAAAUCGCUUUAGGAAAGGAAAUAGCUGAAGAUGGGGAUGAUAAAGCAGAAAAAACACCAACGUUCACAAGAUUUUUGCGUUCCCACAUCGAUUCUCUAAGAUCGGCUAAAUCAAAAAUUUAUGAGAUUCCCAAGUUGGAGCUGUGGGUGAAAUACGCACGUGCCUUGCUAGAUUUAAUCAAACCAGAUUCCGAAAUGUUAACAAGAAAGUUGCUCAAUCAAUAUGUCAAUAGGCAGUUGCAGUUUAUGAAAGUGAUCAAUGCCAAACACAUAAAGGAAGCGAUUGCUCGAUACACUGGAACGUCGACGUUUGGCAAGGGUAAAGCCAUAGCUGACCGUAAUCGAAGCCAAGUUGUGUUUACUAAAGCGGAGCAUGACGAGAAGGUUGCCAUGGCUAUCGCAUAUCUUGAUGCUGUUCUGAUUGGAGAUCGUGAAGAAGCUGUCGCUCAAGUUCGAUCCGCAUGUGACAAUCUUUGGCAAGGGGGAAUGCGUGGUUGCGAGCAAGUGUCAAUGACAGGCAACCGUUGCCAGUUAAAGGUUCAUCCCACCGUAGGUGAUGCCUCUGUUGAUCCAUCCGCGUGGGAAAUGCAUUCCAACGAUAUUACGUAUCUGUCGACAUGCUCAUGUGGUCGACGCCAAGCAGUACGCAGAGAUCCAUUUACUCUGAAGGAAGCCAACUAUGAUUUCUACUUCGAGAACAAAGUGUUUACUUGUUGUGCAGGAUUGGAAAAACACGUAUUUGCAGUAUUGGAGGACGACGAUACCGAUGCGGAAAAGGGAGUGUGGGAGGCCAACGACAACUGGGAUGAGGGUGAAGGUGGCGGUUCGAAUCCACUGUUUCCAGUGUCAGCAGCGAUGUCGAGAGAUCGACACCAUUCCGACGGCGACAAUCGUGCUGCAGAAGUGGAUGAAGAGGAGGGAACUGGUAGCGAUACUGGCGAAGAUACGGUGAGCAACGCUGAGCCUGAACCAAUUGAGAGCUCUUCUCAAUCUUCACAAGAUGACGAUGUUCACUAUCGCAAUACUCGUUCCUACCUGGACGAUGAAGCAGUUUCGUUUGUGAAGAACCCCCACACAAAACUGGACGAAGCUGCUAUUGCUUUCGAGGCUCGAUUGAAGAAAUUGAGGGCAAAAAAGAUUCCGUUCCUAGAAGGUGUGCCCCAUUCAUUAUCUCCGGCAUUGCCUCCUCUUUUCCCGUCAUGGACACUUACAUGCAUCGGCCCAAACAACUACUACACACAUUCUUAUGGUCUCCGUGAUCAACCGAAUUUGAAGUUAGGAGGCGAAUACCUCUACCCAGUCACUGUACAACUUGAGGUUGAUCCUGUGAUAUGGGACCGCGACAUGCAGUAUGUACAGGCGGUGGAAGGUGUUUCAAGUCGGGCCCCUCCUCGCAAAGCGCGACGACUGCCUGCAGAAAUCGAAAAGGUGAAGCUAUUUGUCGGAAUGGAGUACGAAUGCCCGCGUGGUCAUCGUUUCUUUGUGGCUGAGAAUGGGGAACCUCUUCGACUGCCGAAGAAUUCGAACGCUCGAACAGCCAUGAGCCGAGAAUCGGAUGACCAGUUUUUACGAUGCGAUUUUCCUCUGCGACGGCAAUGCACCUGCCGAAAAUUGCCCGUGCAAACCGCCCAAUUAAUGAGAGUUCACGUAGUGACACCAAAAGCGCCGAUUACUGUAACUAUCCAACCAGUUGUGGAGCUACCUGGUCAAGAGGGUCACUUUGGUACAGGAGAAGCGCCGUUGCAGCUUUCAUGGGCUAGGUACUACAUCUUACAACUACCGUUCAUUUAUUCUGGUCCAGCAGGUGUGUGGAUUCCACCAGUAGGGGUGGAGCGGGUCGGAACGUUCAAAGGAAAUGCAAUCCAAGUGAAAUAUGUACCGAUGUUGUCAAGGAGAUGA